AUGGAGAUUCAGUCAUCUGGAAAAUCGAUUGAUACAUUGUUCGAAAAGGUUCUUUGCAUGAAUAUCCUCUCUUCUGACUACUUCAAAGAGCUUUAUGCGUUGAAAACCUACCACGAAGUGAUAGAUGAGAUAUACAACCAAGUUGAUCAUGUAGAACCAUGGAUGACUGGCAAUUGUAGAGGCCCAUCAUCUGCCUUUUGUCUUCUGUACAAGUUUUUUACAAUGAAACUUACUGUCAAACAAAUGCAUGGAUUAUUGAAGCACACUGAUUCUCCGUAUAUCAGAGCUGUAAGCAUGUUCUCCUUCAAACUUUACUGUUUUAUGAUUUUUUUCGUCAAAUUUAUUAUCUGUCACUUGCAUUGUACUUUUAGUUGUGAUAAAAAAGACUGGAUAAGUCGUGAACAUUUUUUUCUUUGUUUCUAUAGAAAGGUACUAUUCCACAUUUUCACUGCAAGAUGCUCACUAUGAACUUAGAUAGUACCAUUAUAACUCUUUUUCCAGCUAUGGAAUUCAGUGGUGCCCUCUCCCUACAGAAGCACCUCUUUUAUUAUAUUAGAUGUGGUACCUUUUAUAGCGUUAUGUGUUAGAAUUUUCAUCUGCAGCUAAUUUGAAGAGACACUGGUUCCGUGUUUCUGUCUUUUUGAUAUGGGUAUAUGGUAUUUUACGCUUCAUAACCAUUGGAAAAAAUGAAUACGGUUCUGGACAUGUUAGAACAUCUAUAUUAGACUAAAUUUUAUUUUGAAACAUUUGAGACUUGUCCAUUUUUUAGUCAUACAUGUGCAUAUAAGUCAGUAAAUCAUAUUCUUUUAAUGGCAUAUAGACCAGGGACCCUUUUUUCAUGGAGAAUACUUGGAGUACAGUUAGUCCUUUUGUUUAUUUUCUCAUACAGCAGAGGUUGAGGUAGCCUUUUGGUUCUGCAGGUUGGUUUUCUCUAUUUGCGGUAUGUUGCGGAUCCAAAGACUUUGUGGAAUUGGUACGAGCCAUAUAUCAAAGAUGAUGAAGUAUGUAUAUCUCGUACAUCAUUUCUUGAUGUGCUUGUUCAUAAUAUUGUCUUUUAUUUAUUUUCUGGCUGAUGAAAAUUACCUAGUUCUAAGGACUUGAGGUCUCAAACUUAUCAUGCGAUGCCCGAUUUUUAUUUCAUAUUGUAAUUAACAUGUAAUAUACUCAUUAAUCUUGAGGAUUUCUUUGCUCUUGGCUCUUAUCAGGAUGAUUGAGGGUUUUUACAGAUUUCUCAAAGAUCUGGGACAGAGGAUUAAUUACGAGCCCUAUUUUUGCUUGUAUAGUCACAUGUAAAUACUGGUGAUUUUGGAAACUUCAAAUUUAUUAUUGAUCAUCUUGUGAUAUUCAUAUUUUUCAUUUUUUCUGUUGAUCAUUUUUUUAUGGAUAUGUUCCCCCCUGAUAAUUCUAUUUUGUUGCACAAGCGUGGCAACCUGGCUUUCCUUUCUUGUGGAGAAACUCCUGGCCACCUAUUCCUUAUAUCUGAAAAUUUUGUCUUCACGUUUCCCAAAUCACGUAUGAUGCAUUUCACAUUUUUCGCUUCAUAAGUGAAACAUUAGUUCUAGCCACGGAAGUGCAUCUAUGGCUUCUCGCAUAUUUAGUACACUCUCCUGUAGUCCUAGUGGGUAUGCCUCUCACGCUUGUGCAGAUCUCUUCAAGCUCAUAACUCCACAUUCUAAACAGUGUUGUGCUUAUCAAGAGUCAGUUUCACAUUCUUAUUAACCUUGGAAAAUAUGGAAAUAGAUGGAUACUAAUUUUUCAGGCUUCUUUGAACACCCCAAAAAAAAAAAGAAAAAAAAGAAAAGAAAAAAGGAAGCGGAAUAUAAAUUCGUCAUUCUCUCUUCUUCUUCUUCUUAGCAUGCAAGUAAUAGUGCCUUCUGAGUAUGCAAGUAAUUGUUUCUAAAAGGUCCCAUCUGGUGCCCCCCUCAGACGACGAAGACUACACAGGAGAUGCUAUGAAAAACAGUCAUCAGAUACGAAAUUGGAUAGAAAGAUGCGAAAGUAGAAAUAGUCUUGGACCAUCCCUCAUUCCGUAGCCUGUGUGAUACAGGGAGAAGACCCAAGGUGUAUUCCAUCACACUCCCUUAGUUUUUGGCUCGUGGCUUCCCCUCGUCUCAGUUUGUGUGGGAAAAUACAUCUCCAGAUCCGUAUUCCCUGCCUGACCCACGUUUGGAAGUGCUGUUAUUCCCUCUCUAGAAUUUCUUUCUUUUUCUAUGGCAUUUAUUCUACUUUCGUUCAAGGCCCAUUCAAGCAAUCACCGAGAACGAGCCAAGAACAUAACAAUGUGUUUCCUUUUAUAAUUCUCAGGAAUUCUCCCCGGGGUCUAAUGGCCGAACAACUACAAUGGGUGUGUAUGUGCGCGAUCUACUUCUUGGCCAGGUCGGUUUUUUUCCACUUCAUUUGCCUUUUUUGCAUCGUUUUUUCUUUUUUUGGUUGGAGUAGGACGAAGCAAUUCGCUCUUUAUUAUCAUCCCAGGUAUUUUUAUGUUCUAUUAAUGGAAUCCGUUCUUCCAUGAAUGGAUACGAAAAUUUUUAUGUUAUGAUCGGGUGGACUUCUCUGAUGACAUAGCCGAAUGAAUGGAUCAAUUUGUGGAGAAAGUUUUGCCCAAAAAGCAGUUGACUUUCUGUUCAUAUGCAGUGUUCUUGUUGAAUGAAUGCAUGCGCUGGAAGAUUUCUAGCCUCCCCUUUCCGCCUUCAAUCAAGAUUAUUAUAAUUUCAUGUGGGCUUGAUCUUCUUGUUCUUCUUUUUUAAUUGCAGUACUACUUUGACACGCUGUUCCCCCGGAUACCAGUUCCAGUGAUGCGGCUUAUCGUUUCUAACCUCGAGAGGAUGAAGCUUCCGACCAAGCCAUCAGGGUCAACGGGGGAGUCGACUCGGCACGGCUCGGAGGACACUGCCCGCCGCCCGCCGUCAGUGAAGGCCGCUCUGUCGGUCUCCUUCGGGCAACGAGCUCCUCACCGGGCCUCUACCAGGGACUCCUCCCCUGUCCGCCGCACGCUCCCUGCCGCUGGCGGUACUGCCAGCAGGGACCGGAGCCCCAGCCAUGACCGGCGGAGAUCCUCCCCCCGGCGGAGCCGCAGCCGCGACAGAGACAGAGACGGUAACGGGCACGGCCGACGGCACAGCAGGGAGAGGGACUCACAUCGGGGGAGGCACCGGGAGUCGAGGUCCCGGAGGAGCAGGAGCAGAAGCAGGAGCAGGAGCAGGAGCAGGAGCGGCGGGGGUGGCGGUGGCGGCGGAGGAUCUGAUCACCACCGCCGGAGCCCGUUUGGGGAGAGGGGCAAGGAGAAGACGGCGGCUUCUGCGAUGAGCAAUCUGGCGAAGCUGAAGGACCUGUAUGGCGACGGCGGCGGGAAGGGUGGAGAGAGGAGCGGGGACCGGUAUGGCAAGGACAGCAGCACCGAGGAGGUCAUCAGGCUAGGAGGGUCUUCGUGGAAAUAG